CUGUUGGGCGCAGCAUAAAGUGGACGAAUCCUGCCAGUAUUUUGUUGUGUAGAACAAAUGAGCCGUUCGAAUAAACGAAAAAGUCGUUCAAAUGAAAAAUGAAAUCGCUCGAGUCAGUAGUUCACGAGUCUUUUUAACAAAACCUUAGUGUACUUUUUCAUAUAGGGCAAAAACUAUGGGUAUCCUCAUAGUAAAGGAAGCUACGAAUCGUUUGCAACCUGCACAUCAGUACUAGCGGCAGCUGGCUACGUCACAGAAAUUGCCAGCAUGGCGUUCACGCUCUACGCUCUGAUUCAAACCGCUAUCUUAUGUACCAAUGCUGUUGCUAUUCUGCACGAAGAAAGGUUCCUAAGCAAAAUUGGCUGGGGAGUGGACCAGGGAGUUGGAGGAUUUGGAGAUGAUCCAAACGUCAAAGCACAGAUUCUUACUCUGAUUCGCUCUAUCCGAACCGUGAUGAGAGUACCUCUGAUACUGGUCAACUCGGUGUGCAUUGUCCUUCUACUGCUGUUUGGCUGAAGGAGUCUGGAGAGGCAGAUAGAGACAACAAGGCAGCAGUCUUUUAAACUGAAAAAAUACAAAACAAUGGGUUUGAAUGUUACAACAACUGAUUGAAAUAGCUUAAGGAGUUCAUUUAACUAUGAUAAAUGUUGCAUUGUCUUGAUAACAAGCAGAUGUUUGACCAGUACAUAUUACUACUGUUAUUACCUAUUGUAAACCCCAUGAAAGGGAUUUACCACAGGGAACACUGUGGGCACUACAGACGUUUCAUAGAUUGGUUCUAAGUCAUGUUGUAAUUCAUCUGUAUGUAUGUGAAGUAUACAGCUUUAGUCCUAAUAUGACCUAAAAUAGUUCAGCUGUAAUAACUUUGUUCUGCUCUUAUAAUGGGUUAUCAUAAACGAGACAUUUGUACAUAUGUAUUUGUUUUAUAUCUGAUGCUAUUUCUUGUUAUUGACAUUUUUUUCAAGCUUGUUGUUAUUAAGUAAACUCCUCUGUGUCACCUUAAAAUAUUGUUUUGUUUAGUGCCAUGUGUGAAUGUGUUAGUACUGGAAUAUAUAGUUUGAUGAGUACUUCCACUUUUAAUUAGAUUAAAAAAACAGCAGAAGUA